CGCACAUGGCAGAAAGGGGUAAACAGUGAAGUCGUGCUCCGUCAAACUGGGCGGGCCCCAGUAAAUGGAGUUGGGCGAGGUCGUGGUGGUAGUGUGGACCGUGGUCGGGGUCGGGGUCGUGGCACUGGGUCAUAUUACAGCCGUGGUCUUAGCUACGAUGAAGAAGCGGAACCUCGGGGCCCAAGAGAAGGAGCUCCACCGGGUAUUGGCAUUAGGAGUAAACCAUUUGAAAGAUCCCAGAGUGUACAUGAACAACGGCCUUGGAAUGAACGUGGUCCUGUAAAUACAGUCAGUGCUGGUGGUGGUCCAGAGGAACGCAAUGGGGCUGUGUCACCACGUAAGGAGCAAGGGCGAGCCUCAACUGAAAACUGGAGGUCCCGAGGUGGUGAAAAUGAUGAGAGUGAACGCUGGAGGGGAGCUGGGGGUAACCGCAAUGAAAAAUGGGGACCUCGAUGUGGAUGGCGCGAACGAGAAAAUGGUCAAGAUGGGGACUGGGAUGAUGGAAUGGGACGAGGGACUGGCCGGGGGGUCCCCGUCUCAUCUCGUGCAUCUCGCCCACCCUGGGAUGAAAAAGAUGGUCAUCUGCGGAAGUCAUGGGAUGAAGAUAACUUACCAGAGUGGGCGACAGAAAAUGCAGAUGAAAAAGGUGGGAGCUUUGAUGCAUCAGGUGCUUUUCAUGGUCCUGGUUGGUCAGAUGAAGAUGAUCCAACUGCUGAAGGUCGUGGAGGAGGGGGCCAGCAUAGGCAAAAGUCUAGUCCUGAUAAGAUGACAAGAACAGAAAGUAUAGCAAAUGUCAAGCCAGAGCCAGGUAGUAGAGAAGCAGUGACAGAAUCUGAAGAAAUUACAAAUAAUUGUGUGGAGGAAGAGUCAAAACAAGGACAAUCUCCAGCAAAUGUUGUGGAUCCCAGCCAUGAUGUCCACACGUCUGGAAACUCCAUACAAACAGAGGGGUCAGUCAGUGAAGACGGACAAGUAAAAGAGGAAGUUGCAGGAAGUCCAAGCAAUAGCUGCACCACUACAGUAUCGUCAGGUCCAAUGAUGAAUGGUGUAAUCAGCGAGGAAGAGUGCAACAACACAGAAGUAAAAACUCCUCCACAUUUCCAGGGAAGACCGGCAUCAGUUUCAGUACAACCACAAAGUGCAGAUUCAGAGCCCAGACCCUUUCCAGAAAGAGAACGCCAAGGGGAAGAAGAAAAAUUGGAACACAUGCGUAGUGUUGCUGAUGACUUGGUGGCAAAAUUAGUGGAGGAAGAUGACCCAAGGCCUCAAUCAGCUUGUCCUAACUCUGGAGUGACGCCGCCUGUUUCAGUAGGUCCCAUGACAGAACCCACACCACAUUCCACUCGCCCAACUCAUACGAUGGGUGAUGACAAGUGGUAUUACACAGAUCCUCAGGGAGAAAUACAAGGUCCGUUCUCAUCAAGUGACAUGGCAGAGUGGUACAAGGCAGGGUACUUCACCCCCAACUUGAUGUUGAGACGAGACUGUGAUGAUCAGUUUACACAGCUGGGAGACCUCACAAGAGUAUUUGGCAGAGUUCCAUUUAUGCCAGGGCCUCCAGUACCACCACUGAAGGUGACAGAGUUGUUAGCACAAAAGCAACAAGCUGAGCGUGAACGGAUAGAGUUGCUACAAACAUACAUGAUGCAGAAGCAUGUUUACCAACAACAAAUGGCCAUGAGCAGGCAGCAAGUGUUACAGAAGCUUAAGAGUCUUGAUGAGUGGAGCACCCUUAACCCAAUGCAACAGCAGCAGCUGUUUAUGCAGCACAUGGUGACUGUAAUUCCUGCCCACCCACCUAUACCCCCAACAGUGCCUCCAUCCACUGUCCAACCAACUGCCAUGCCUCCGACCACCCAAGUGUCUCCACCUAUUCCUGACCCUAGAGUUGUGGCUGGGCCAGACCCUAGAGUCUUACCCGGGCCAGUAGUACAACCAUCUUCUAAACCUCAGGAUCCCAUUCAAGCACUUGUUGCACAAAUGCAAACGUCCUCUGCUGCAAACAAUACUGCGUUGAGCAGUUCCUGUGAAGGCUUGUUGACCUCUCAACUGACAGCAACUUCCAUGGCUGCAGAGAAUCCGUUACAGAAGCUUUUAGUGCAGCUCCAGAGGGGUCAGCAACCAAGUAUGGGACCAAUGGGAGGGCCAGCAGGAGCCCUUGGAGUAGGGGUGCCUGGAGUAGCAGCAGCCACACCAGCUGUUUCAGCAAUGGAGAAACCACCUGAACAGCAGUUUGAUGCCAUCCAGUCUCUUAUGCAACAGCUAACAAAGAUGCAAUCACCAUCACCAAAUAUAAUGCAGGAGGAAAAACGGCGGCGUGAAGAAGAUCAGAAAAAGCUUGAAGAGGAGAGAAAGCGACUAGAAGACCACAAGAGAGCUGAGGAGGAAAGAAUAAAGAUGGAAGAACUUAGAUUGAAAGAAGAACUUAAACGACAAGAAGAACAGCGAAGAAAUUUAGAGGCUCUCAGACGACAACAUGAGGAAGAGACACAGAGGCUAGAAGAAGAAAGGCGAAAAAUGAGAGAAGAACAGUUGAGAAGACAAGAAGAAUUAAGGAGAAUUGAGGAGGACAAAAUAAGAAAGGAAGAGGAACAGAGGAAAAUUCAGGAUCAACAAAGAUCAGAAAUAAAGCGAAGACAGGAAGAAAUGAGACGGCAAGAGGAACUUAGACGACAGCAGCAGCAGCUUCAACAGCAACAACUUCAACAGAAACAGCAGGAAGAGGCCAAAAGGAAGGAAGAAGCAAGGAGACAAGAAGAAGCUAGGAGACAAGAAGAAGAGAGAAAAAGGCAAGAGGAAGAGAGGAGGAGACGCGAGGAAGAGGAAGAAUCACGGCAACAAGCACACAUUCAGGAAGAGAUGCGGAGGAUUUCACUAGAGGAAGAACGAAGGCAUAUGCAGCAGUUGGAAGAGGAAGAGAGGCAGCGACAAGCUGAGGAAGAAGAUCGCCGUCACCAGCAUUUGUUACAGGAACACCUGAAAAACAUUCUGCCUGCUUGGAAUGCUACACCUCCAGUACCAACUCCUGAAGCCACACCUGCUCCGUCCCUCGCAGAUAUUCAGCGGGCACAAGAAGAGAAAGAGAGAAGGGAACGUGAAAUGGAGCUGCAAAUGCAACAACAGAGGCAACGAGAAGCUCAGCGGCAGGCUGCAGAAGAGGCACGUCAGAAGAAUUCUGGUCUUAAGUGGGCAGCGCGUGCUCAGGCCAAUCCUGCCCCUGCCCAGCCUGUCAAGUCCCUCCUGGAGAUUCAGGCAGAGGAAGAGAAGGAACUUAGAAAGCGACAAGAGAAGGAGGCAGCAGAGCGUGCUGCUGCUGUAAGCCACAUGAGUUUAGGAGCCGCAGGUGUUUGGGGAUCACCUGUAUCUAAUCUUUCAUGGGCCAAUCGUGCUUCUACUGCUGGGGCACCUCAGGCCAGUCACUCAUCUAGUCAACAGCAGUGGAGUGGAAGCAGUGGUGGUCACACAGGUGGGAGUAAUGGUUCUGGAGGUUUAUGGAACAGUAGUAGUCAAGCUUCAGCUCCUACUUCCAGUCCUGGUCAUUCUGUCUGGAACAAUGACCACUCUGCCAUCUGGGGUCAUUGUGAUAACUCUGCAUCCACAGGAGGAUUUUGGGAUAGCCCUGAACCAGUGAAACAAGGUAAACAAAUCACUAGCCGCACCCCUACCAAGCCAUCCAGUCACAACAAUACCAACAACAGAAGUGGGGCGCCGCCACCUCAAAAUGCUAAUUCCAACAAUCGUGUAAAUAAAAAGAAGUCAAAGGAUGACAGCGAUACAGUCAAAAAAUUAUUUACAGAUAACAUGUCUCCAGCAGAUACCUUCACACAGUGGUGCAAGAGUUCACUUCACACUUUAAAGGUCCAUGCUUCUAUUGACAUUCCAACAUUUGUAACGUUCCUAGCAGAAGUAGAGUCACCUUAUGAAGUUCACGACUAUAUCCGUUCAUACCUUGGAGACAGCAAAGAGGUAAAAGAAUUUGCAAAGCAGUAUCUUGAGCGACGCAGUAAAGCCCGAAAUGCCCAAAAGGAACGUGAGGUGGAAGAUGAUAUCUUGGCGCCGGCGCCGGCUGUCAAUCCCACCAACAUUGAAUUCCAGGAGGUUAAGCAGGCUAGAAGCAAGAAGGCCAGCAAGAAAAAGAUGCAGAAAGUAGACAGUAGUAUUCUAGGGUUCAGUGUUACAUCCAACGAGCGCAUCAAUGUGGGAGAACGAGAGUAUGCAGAGUGAAGAUUGCCAUCACCACUUAACACUUCAUAUUAAUCACCACUAUUAGUGAACCCCAGAAAGUGAACCUUCACUUUGGCAAUUAAGUGAUUCAUCUUUUCAUUGUAAAAGUACUCGGUUUGUGAAACUGGCUGUGUUUUAAAGGGACACAUUGGAUUUUGUUUUUGCCAACAUGUAAUAUGUAAAUUCUUUAUACCUGCACUUUAAAAGGCUACAUAACUUCUUGUUUUUUUGUAAGUGUCAAAAGUUAUCUUAAUAUUUCACCUCAACAGUUCUGCUCAUUCCUUGCUGUUAUGCUUUUCCAAGAUUCUGUUUUUGAACCUCUGUCUCUUAAAAACAUGGCCAAACCAAAGUUUAAGUUACUAUGUAGGGAAGGGGGGUAAUUUAGUUACAAAAAAAAAAAAAGCCAAAUUCUGAUUGUGAUAUCAAUUGGUGCAGAGUUAAGAGACAUAAUUGAAAGUUAUCAUUGGUUUUAUUGCCAGCAGAAAGGACAACUUUUAUCCUCGUGUUUCCGAGGUGAAACACAGGAAGCCAAGUUCCAUGCAGCUAUGGUAAAUGCCUAGUGUCUAUGGAAAAUUAGGAUCUUGUGGACACUGCAAGAUUCACACAUGACUGACAUGAAGAUGUCAUCAUUGAGUGACUGCCCACGAGAAUCGUGAUAACUGCAGCGGGUAUGGCUGGUCUGUUGAUAAUGCUCCUGUUCUUCCUUGUGCAUAAUAUCUAACCAAUAUAGUUUGAUAAUAUGUAAGGUUGAAUUCUAUCUGUGAUAAUGACUUGCUUGCAAAGUAGUGUGAUCUGGGGUUAGGAUGAAAAGUCAAUUAGAAUUGCAGCUUGGCAUAUUGUGAAAAUCAGUUAUGCUCUCUUGUCACAAUGUCCCACAUUAAAAUACCUCACACAUUUGGAUUCAUGCACAUUGUCAUUCGUCUUGCAUAGGCUUGAAUUUCCAUUACCGUGUCAUUGUUCAUAACUACCAUUUCAUUGUUCAUCUCUUAAAUAGGGCUUUUAACUUGCUUGUCUUCUGCCAGCAAUGCUAAACAUGUUACUACACUACAUGUUGUAGCACUUACCCAUAGCCUAUGGAAUCCUUUAUUUAUUACAGUACAACAUGCUCUCACUGGAAAUAUUUAAUGUACUUAAAGAAAUUGGCACACGUAAUAUAUUUUGGUGAUGAAAGUUGUUUUAAUGUGUGCUAAUGUACUGUACAGUACACUUUAUUAAUGUAUGGUUAUAGAUGAAAGUUGUUUUCACUAAUGUUAUUGAGUUACAUGCACUGUAUGGAUUGAUACCAAUAAUCUUUUGUUAUUAUGCCCUAUUUUGUCUUCAUCUAAUACCUAUUAAUUUUCCGUUUAAUGAAUAAUGACGCAUUCUUUUUCUAAAAUGACUAUAAUUAUUUUCACGAUCUUUAUGAGGAAUAACUUCUACAUUACCAAAGUUUUGCCUAUUUCUCAGUCAUGUAGAAAAGUGUUUCUAAACACAUUCUCAUCAUGUUGGAACACCAAGCCUUGCUCGCAUCCACGUAAGUCUUGCCCUUAUUUUUCUUAUUUAGUAACCAUGGUAUUAAAAUUUUGAAAAUUAAUAAUGCAACCUGUUGUCUUAAAAAAAAAAAUUCAGGUAGAUUUUUUUUGUGAAAAGGUUGGAAGAACACAGAUUCUGAUAACUUUCUAUUAUUAUAGGAAGUAAACUAUUUUAUUAAAUGCUAUGUUAUUAUAUUCAAGUCAUUGUAAGUGAUGUAAUUUAUCGAGUCAUGUGCGAGGUGGACGUAAGUUUGGGUGCAGUUGGAGAGGUGUUAACCCGACAUAUGCCUUAACUUUCCUAUAAGUUCAACAUUUGUGCAAGACCCAAUCAUUGAUAAUAGAUAUUUGUAUUUUUAAUUAUUGUCUUUUAAACUGCAUCCUUUAACUAGAGAAAAUGGCAGCCUUUAUGUAUUGCAGAUCUUCUAAAUUGAAUACCGAGAGACCAUAUUGUUAUAUGUAAUUAAAUUUUUUGUGCAUGCACCUAUAUGCUUGAAUGCAUAUGCUAUUAAUGGUGGAGUUUACCUUUUAGCAUUUUUCUAACUAUCAUGCAAUAACAUUUGUAACCAGGGAAACACAAUUCUUGACUUUGCAACUCACUUUUUUCUUAUAUACUCUUCUGUAGCUUAGAAUGCCAUUCUUUAAGGGAGUAGCAUCUUAUAGAAUCUAACUUCUUUAGGGGUUGCAUCUUAUAGAAUCUUCCUUAUUUUAGGCACUGGUUUUGCAUAGAAUCUUCCUUAUUUUAGGCAUUGGUUUCUCACAGAAUAUUCCAUCUUUUAGGCACUGGUUUCUCACAGAAUCUUCCUUCUUUUAGGCACUGGUUUCUCACAGAAUCUUCCUUCUUUUAGGCACUGGUUUCUCACAGAAUCCUCCUUCUUUUAAGCACUGGUUUCUCACAGAAUCCUCCUUUUAGGCACUGGUUUCUCACAGAAUCCUCCUUCUUUUAAGCACUGGUUUCUCACAGAAUCUUCCUUCUUUUAGGCACUGGUUUCUCACAGAAUCCUCCUCCUUUUAGGCACUGGUUUCUCACAGAAUCCUCCUUCUUUUAAGCACUGGUUUCUCACAGAAUCUUCCUUCUUUUAGGCACUGGUUUCUCACAGAAUCCUCCUUUUAGGCACUGGUUUCUCACAGAAUCCUCCUUCUUUUAGGCACUGGUUUCUCACAGAAUCUUCCUUCUUUUAGGCACUGGUUUCUCACAGAAUCCUCCUCCUUUUAGGCACUGGUUUCUCACAGAAUCCUCCUUCUUUUAAGCACUGGUUUCUCACAGAAUCCUCCUUUUAGGCACUGGUUUCUUAUAGAAUCCUCCUCCUUUUAGGCACUGGUUUCUCACAGAAUCUUCCUUCUUUUAGGCACUGGUUUCUCACAGAAUCCUCCUCCUUUUAGGCACUGGUUUCUCACAGAAUCCUCCUCCUUUUAGGCACUGGUUUCUCACAGAAUCUUCCUUCUUUUAGGCACUGGUUUCUCACAGAAUCUUCCAUAUAUGUGUCAUUCACCUUAUGAAAAAAAUUUUCAACAUGACUUGGUUAUUAUUACAUCAAAGCAUUUGGCCCAUGCUUGAAAUUGUAGACUAAGUAUUUUCAAUAAAACACCAAGUAUUGUACCCAAGUCCCAAGUGGUCGGGAACAUUAUCAGUUGAAAGUGUCAGUAAGUCUCGAGAGUAAGCUGGAAGGCAAGUGCAUGAAGGCUACUAACCAUAAUUACACAUUCUCAUGCCCUUAUCACUCAUUUACUCACUCUAGAUGUAUUUAUACAAUUGAUGAAUAUGUUGAUGAUGGAUAAUAUCAUAAAAAGUAAAGUAAUGAUGGUAAGGUAGUGUGACCACACUGUAUGGGGUAUCCACACCACUGGGAGCAGAGCUUGUAUACCGCAUGAAGUCAUAUCCUUUAAUAAUCAACAACAACAACGUUAUUAUAUAUAGAACUAUGGCACCGUAACUUAAGAUAGAAUUUUGAUUGCAGAUUCAGCCAGUAUAAGUUGAUUCAUAAUCUUUCAAAAGUUUUCCUUUUACUAUUGGCGAAAAUUCAAAAUUGCACACUCGUGUAAAUAAUAGCUGAACCAGAAGCUAUUCUGUACCUUUUUAAACUGUAUCAAUAUUGUAUCUAAAGCUAUGGUAUUCAGACACACUAAAGAUAAAGGAUGUGUGGGAAAAAGACAUUACAUUAUUUAAUAAUAUAAAAAGACAUUACAUUAUUUAAUAAUAUAUUUUAGAAGUGGUAAAUGUGUUCAAUGUGGCAGCAUAAGGGGAAGGGGAGUGCAUUAUGCCUGUUAUUGGCCGAGUCUUGGGUGGUGGUCAAAGCAGAAUGGUGUGCUGAUGGGCCAGCCCACAGUCUGUGUAUGUAUUCUCUUCUACUGUGCAGGACCAGGUAUGGGGAAGAUAGGAACUAUUAAAAUAGCUAGUUAGCAUACUUUGUUAUGGGGCUCUGAGCCUGGCUUACAGAUGCUGAAGACAAUAUCUACACAUUCUACACAUUCUCUCAAACAGAUGAAACAUUGAGGAAUGGGUUUGUUUGCUAACCUAGAUUUUGGCCAUGGUGGCACUUAUUCUUUUCUACCAUGCGCUGCCUCCAGUGUGUGUUUGAUACAGGUGUGGUGAGUUACUAUAUGUUUGGUACAAUCUGGUAAGAAAAUUUGGCUUUGCCAAUGUUGACAUGUUGACUGCAGGUGGUGGUGAUGGUAGCUGAUACUGCCUGCUUCAUGUUUGUACAGGUGUUGUACAGAGCCACAUUGAUCCUCUUCACAUAUUUACUGAUCAGCAAGCAACAAUAACUGUGUACAGCAUUAGGUAUAAAAGAUUUUAGCAUUUUUGGUGAAUUUCAAAAUUUAAAACUUGUUCUUCAGUCCACAUAAUGUUAUUUCAUAUAAAGUUCAGUUUUUUUUUUUUUUUUCCAAGAAAGUAAACUGCAUGUUAAUUGGCAUUCUACUGUAUAACAUGUUUCUUUAUGCAUGGGCAAUAAUAUAUUUAAUAAUAGAGAACAGUGUACAGUGUUAGCUCUAACUACUGUUAUGUCAGCUUGCAAGUGUGCUUAAAAGCUUACAGUUAAAUGUUUUCACCAUUUUCUUCAUUUUACUUUAGGAGUUUUGGUAAAUGUAUAUAGUCUCUUCCAGCAGUCAUUUAGGUGCUCUGCUUCUUUUCAUGAUUUUCCUGUGAAUCACCAAGUGUUGUCUGGCUUGGUACAGCACUUUUAUUUAUGGUCAACCUCUCUUGGGCUGGGCUUCAAAGAGCUGCUUUGCUCAGACUCACUUGGGUCUUGGUCCCUAUAUUUACUGCCUCUUGCCUUCCUGGGGAUCUUUUGUGAGGCUCCUACAUUCUGCUACUCUGUUAACUUCUUACUCACUGAGGGCUGCUUCCACAGGAAACCUUCCUCAAUGGUUGUCACCAUCUGCCUGUAGAAUUUAGGUAUCCCUAAAGGGUGCUAGUCUCCCUAAAAAAAAAAAAAGAAAAUGCUUUUUCUCUACAGCAGUCAUCUACCUGGAAGUCAUCAUCUCCCCUCAUUCA